AUGCCAUUUGGUUCUGAAACACCACUGUUCACUCUCAACAAAUGGUGCAACUUUUUUGGAAUAGACUUAACUUGGGCUUGUGAAGAAAACGGUGCCUAUCACAACAAAGUGUUUCGCGUUACUCUUAUCGUUCAUCAUCACAGUUUGCCUGACUCUGAAGUGUACUUUGGCAUUGGAAACCGUAUUUUAGAAGCGAAACAUCGGGCUGCUGAAAAUGCUCUUCUAUCAUGCAAAUUGUUCGAGGAGUCCAGACUGAGGUUAGAGUUACCGGAGACUGAAAAACCUUGUGUCAAACCAAAAUGCGUAAAACCUUUUAUUAUUCUCAUUGAGUCUGUUUCGACUCCUGAUCCACCCAAAUUACAGCUUAAACAGCUGCUUGCUUUACUUGGUUCUAAAGUGAAAUUUAUUCAGUCGGGGCGUUCCGCUGACAACGCGCUGUCUAUCAUGUACACUGCAACGGUAGGUAUUGUUGGUCGACAGUAUGUUGGAAAUGCAACCACUAAACCAGGUGCUGAGCAAGAAGCAUGUAUCGGAGCACUAGCGAUCAAAAAGUUAACUGGUUGUGAACCGAGUGGAUAUACCUGUACAUGUGUGUUAGAUGGUUGGGGGUCUACUGAAAGUCUGUCGAUAUCAGCGAAGAAGGCCCAAGAUUCCGCUGCCCAAGCAAUGCUAAAUAAGUUAAAUCAGACUGAAAAUAAAUGUUCUACAGUCCAGUCGUCUAAUUGGGACUCAAAUGCUGCAUCUGAGUGUGUACACAAAAAGAAUGUUAAGUCAGGCAAGACUAAAUUACAGUUGAAUCUUAAUCGUGCUACUGAUGAGUCGGUACAUCCUGUCUGUAGAUUGGAGUGCUUUAGAGCUUCAAAGCGUUUAGAUAAAAUAAAAUAUACACUGUUAAAUGAACAACUGCAGAGUGGAGUGCAGGGCUCUCUGGUAUCCGGGCGAUCAUCAUUUGUUUAUCAGAUUGAAUUUUUAAACGAAUGUAUCCAAGGUCCUGCAGCUAAUAAUAAACGUUUGGCUAAACGACUUGCUGCUGAGGCAUUAUUGACAAAAUUGGGAUUAUCUAGUGAAAAAGUACCCGAGGUAAAAAGUGCUCUACGAACAGCAGAGGUUCCAUUCCCUGAUAAUGAUGGUGCGGAGAAUAUCUUGAGAAAUUCAUCUGACGGUAAUCCUGUCCCCACUGAAAACAAUGACAACGGAGGCAGAUCAGAAAGUCUACCGAAUCAGAUGGUUCACAGCAAGGAUUAUCAUGUAAAUUUUAGUUGUACCAGUGAUACUUUUGUCUUCAGUGAAGAAGAAGGGAAAUGCAGUUCAUUGGGCAGACGAAAUUCUCAUCCCGUGCAAAAGAAAGGUGUAAAAUCAAAAGUACUAUACAAUAAACAAAAUUCUCGUUGUUAUUCAAGUAUGAAUCUUUCAAUGAAUGAAAUGCAUAACUUCAUGCAAAACCAUUAUGGUUCGUCAACAUCAUCUCGUCUUUCAUUGCCAAAUUCAACAUCUGAUAGAGAACACUAUAAAAGUUACAAAGAUUUUGGCGUCUUCGAUAAAACCAUUGGUUAUUGGACAGACUCUAAAAAGCUGAAGUGCAGUCUUAGAUCCUGUUCUCAAAGCAAUUCAGAAAACGACCUGUCUGGAAGCCACUGGCAUCGGAAAUCAGAUUGCUUGUCUGAUAGUGCAUUCCCUAAUGUUUCCCUCAGCUGUACACAUAUAAAAACGAAUAUAAGACUGCAGCUUUUAGCUCGUGUCACUGCCUAUUGUUUGAAGGAACAUGUUUCUAAUCCUUCACUAUCAAUGAAUACAAAAAAAGAAUUACUUGAAAGAACAAAUGUUAGUUUGGUUGACCAGUUGGUCCUUUUGUGCAAGCGUCUUUCAGUGCCUUGUCAUUUCAUCGAUUAUCCGCCUACAUUUUACACUGGACACAAGAAACAAAAAGAAAUUGAUUUAAGACAAUUCGAAUACACAGUUAUCCUAUUAGUUGGUAUAAAUCCCACAAAUUAUAUUACCACUCUGAAUUAUUCACAAAUGAGUGAUGGUUAUAUAUCAGUGAAGGCUUCAGAUUUUACAAGAAGUAUAGCCAGACAAAAAGCUGUUCAACUAGUGGUUCAGUGUUUAGCAAAAUUAAUUGAAUAACUUCAGAAUGUGAUAUGUGGUUAUUUGUUAUGAAUUUAAAAGGAUGCAUUUUAUAGAUAAUUGAACUCUUUACUUAGUCAUUAUUUGAACGAUUGCAUUUAUUUAUUCAUUCAUACUUGUCGGUUUUAUAGUUGUCAUGCUGAUUAACUGAUUUCUAUUUUGAUUCCUUAUGAGCAUUUAUUACUUAUUUCUUUAUUCGUCUUGCUUCUCUACUGUUUUGCAUAUUUGACAUACAUUUUUGACGUGGAGUGGGGGGAAAUGAAAACA